CACGUUCGACGCUGCCACGUCAAGUGAGACGGUGUGUGCGUGAAUGAAGUGGCGUUUUUCGGCAUUUCAUAGGGCUUCGUCUUCCGAGUAGGCCUUUUUGCUUCAAGACACCGGCUUAGUUCAAGAUGCGUGUUUUAUUAUUUGUAGCGAUAGCCCUUGUGGGCUCCGCGCUCGGAGACGAUGUGCCUGUAGAGGAGAACGUUCUUGUUCUCAGCAAAGCCAAUUUUGACAGUGUUAUUUCAUCGACGGACUACGUUUUAGUGGAAUUCUAUGCGCCAUGGUGUGGACACUGCAAAUCGCUCGCGCCCGAGUACGCGAAGGCGGCCACGAAGUUGGCUGAGGAAGACUCUCCUAUCAAGCUAGCUAAGGUAGACGCCACCCAGGAACAGGAGCUCGCUGAGAACUAUGGAGUCAGAGGAUACCCCACCCUUAAAUUCUUCAAGAAUGGCAGUCCUAUUGACUACUCAGGUGGUCGCCAAGCUGAUGAUAUUGUCGCCUGGCUGAAGAAGAAGACCGGCCCCCCAGCUGUCGAGGUUGCCUCGGCUGAACAGGCCAAGGAGCUGAUUGCUGCCAACCCAGUCAUUGUGUUCGGUUUCUUCUCCGACCAAUCCACACCCAAAGCCAAGUCCUUCCUCGGAGUUGCUGGUCUUACCGACGAUCAGGUCUUUGCCAUUGUCAGCGACGAGAAGGUCAUCAAGGAGUUGGAAGCUGAUGAUGAAGAUGUUGUGCUGUUCAAGAAUUUCGAGGACCCCCGCGUCAAGUACACCGGCGAGACGUUCGACGAGGACUCUGUCAAGAAGUGGGUGUUCGUCAACAGCAUGCCCUACAUCGUCGAGUUCUCGCACGAGACCGCCUCCAAGAUCUUCGGCGGACAGAUCAAGUACCACCUCCUGCUCUUCCUGUCCAAGAAAAAUGGCGACUUCGAGAAAUACAUUGAGGAGCUGAAGCCCGUGGCGAAGACCUACCAGGACAAGAUCAUGACAGUUGCCAUCGACACUGAUGAGGAUGACCACCAGAGAAUCCUGGAGUUCUUCGGCAUGAAGAAGGAGGAGGUGCCGUCAGCUCGUCUCAUCGCCCUCGAGCAGGACAUGGCCAAGUACAAGCCCACAAGCAACGAGCUUUCCGCCAACGCUAUCGAGGAGUUCGUACAAUCGUUCUUCGAUGGCAAGCUGAAGCAGCACCUGCUGAGUGAGGAGCUCCCCGCCGACUGGGCCGCGCAGCCCGUCAAGACGCUUGUCGCGACCAACUUCGACGAUGUGGUCUUCGAUACCACCAAGAAGGUGCUCGUCGAGUUCUACGCGCCUUGGUGCGGCCACUGCAAGCAGCUAGCUCCCAUCUACGACAAGCUGGGCGAGCACUUCGAGUCUGACGAUGACGUCAUCAUCGCCAAGAUGGACGCCACCGCCAACGAGCUUGAGCACACCAAGAUCACCUCCUUCCCAACCAUCAAGCUUUACACUAAGGACAACCAGGUGCGCGACUACAACGGAGAGAGGACGCUGGCCGGCCUCACCAAAUUCGUGGAGAGCGACGGAGAGACUGACGCCGCGCCUGGAGUGAGCGAGUUCGAAGAGGAGGAGGAGCAGCCCGCCAGGGACGAGUUAUAAGCGCCGCGUGUGCAGCGCUCUUAUGAGACUUCCAUAGCAUAGGCUGUAUAGGUUAUAAUUUACUUUUAUACUGAAACUAACACCACUUGCAUUUCCGUCGCUAGACUGUUGAUUGUUCUCCAAAUCUUGUUGAGGUUGUACAUGAACGAACUUGUUAAGUUGUCGACGCACUCAUAUUUUUAGCGUAAUACUCUAAACUACCCACUGUUCAGUGCAAGAUCUCUGUGCGUGGCCAGAAUUAAGUUAAAGCAUAAUUUAUUACUUAUGAACAGCAGCUUAGUGUAACGCAAAAGUAUUUAUAAUUUCUGUAUCAUAAUGGUGACUUCACAUUCCUUAGCCCAGUACAAGGUUGAGUUACAUCGAACAAGCAUUUAGGUUUCUUGUGUUACUUUCACUGACCGGUUAUUUUAUGUUCAACGUAACAUUCUUUUGAAGUCCUAAUUCAUCACAAGAAAUAGUUUUUAUAAGGUGGACUUAAUUAUUGAUGUAUUUUUGUACGAGUUUUAAGAUUUUUUUUGUUAAAAAUUAAGGCGUUAAAUAAAUCAUGUAGGGUGCUUCACUAUCAAUCUUAAUGAUAUUGACUUAAUGACUAUUUUCAUAUAAAGAUCUGUUAUCUUGGAAUGUAAUUUAUUUCACAAUUCUGUCUUAAAAUGUAAAUAUUCAUAAUAUUUGCCAAAUCCACAUCUCAUGUAUCUGUUGUGGAUACAGAAAUUGAUAAAUAAACAAAAUUAAACAAUA